GCUUUCUGGCUCCAUUGAGAAACCCGCAGCAAUAAGAAUCGGACCCUACCCGAUUACAGUAGAGUAAAGUAACCGCCAAAAGCCAAACGACCAAACCAAGAAACAGAGCAUUGAAUUCGAAUCUCCCUCCCCGACGAUUCAUCACCGUCGUUCAAUCUUCUUCGUUUUAGAAUAUUAAUGGCUCGAGCAUGUGGCUCCUGCGCCGUUCGAUAUCGGGGCUGUUCUUUCUCCGCCAAGUACUUUCUCCACUGCCAGUGCCAGAGAAGAUGACUUGUAGAAAUGACAGGCUUCCUGCGAGCUCUGGAGCACCAGCAUCACCCGCCACCCCCAGUGGCAAUUCUGUAGUUCCUUACGAUUCCGUGUCAAGCUGUGGGUCUUGGUCCAAUAUUUCUGCUGGUUUUAAGAGUGGAAAGCCCCAUAACAGAAACGAAAAUUGGCAGAUGAUAAUGGUCGGAAGUUUUGAGAUUUAUUACAAGAUUUCUGCUGUUGCAUCUGGUAUUAGAUUAAGGCAACUUGUUCCCAUGUCUGCAUCAGGUCCUACUGAUAAGGGAAUAUCAAAUAGUGCUUAUAUUAAUUUCAAUAAAAGGAAAUAUCAAAUGGAUUCAAUAUCAAAGCUAGUUAAUAUGGAAGAUGCUGCUGCAAGUUCAAGUUCUGAGAAUGUAACUAAGUUUCCACAUGAGAGCCCUAUGUCUGAUUGCCGAAGCGAGAUGGAGAAAUAUUGUUUGCCUACAGAGUUUGGGAAUAAAAGAAAGCAUUUCAGUGCAGUAAAGCCUCAUUCUGAACCAAGAAAUAUGAAAUAUGGAUGUGCUUCCAAGAAUUCAGAUUGUUCCAAGGGUUUUCAUUAUAAUGAACCUUUCGAUAUAUGCUUGUCUGGAAGCAGAAGUUAUGAACUUAAAGCUUCUUAUGCAAGAAAUAUGGAAAACCAGAAUGAAGAAGAUCACAUGGUUGAAUUUACAAAUCCAGAAGCACUGAAUUCCACCAAUCUAAUACUGAGGCCGGGGAUGGUAUUAUUGAAACAUUAUGUCACCCACACUGAACAGGUUGAAAUUGUGAAGAAGUGCAGGCAGCUUGGUCUAGGUCCUGGGGGCUUUUAUCAGCCUGGUUACAAAGAUGGAGCAAAACUUCGUCUGCAGAUGAUGUGCCUUGGCCACGACUGGGAUCCUGAGACUAGGAAAUAUGGCUCUAGACGAACAAUCGAUGGUACUCAGCCUCCUGGUAUUCCUCAUGAAUUUAGUCUGUUGGUUAAAAGAGCAAUUGAAGAGGCGCAUGCCCAUAUUAAAGAGGAACUCAGAGUUAGCAGUGUGGAAGAGAUACUCCCUUCAAUUUCUCCUGAUAUAUGCAUUGCCAACUUUUAUACAACCAGUGGACGACUUGGCCUCCAUCAGGAUCGCGACGAAAGCGAAAAGUCUCUCAGAGAAGGAUUACCUGUGGUCUCCAUUUCUAUAGGUGAUUCAGCAGACUUCCUCUAUGGGGAUCAGAGAGACAUUGGAAAGGCAGAGAGUGUUGUUCUGGAAUCAGGAGAUGUGUUGAUAUUCGGAGGUCGUUCCAGACAUAUAUUUCAUGGUGUGACAUCCAUCAUACCAGACUCAGCUCCAAUGAAUUUGUUGGAAGAAACUAAGCUUCGUCCUGGCCGUCUUAACCUUACCUUCAGACAGUAUUAGAGACACUUUGUUUUCUAUCGUACACAUUGUUUAGUUUUCAUUAUCGAAAGAUCACAAUCCAAUGGAUGGAGUAAUUUAUUUCUAAUAUUUCUACCAGUUCAUGUCCACCACAAGCUUUCUAUAGAAUCUUUUAUUGAGCUAUGUUUAUAAUCAACCCUAAUCCAAUUGUCGAAUUUGAGAUUUACGCUGUGACUGCAACAUGUUUUAGUAGUUCUAGAGAAGCCAAGACGGUGAGCUCAGUUCUUCCCUCUCUCUUACACUGUGGUGAAACAAUUUGAUCAUGGCGGAUUCUGCGAAAGGCGAAUUCCAGGAGAUCAAGAAAAUGGUCAGCCUAAUGAUAUAUAUUAUUACCAGACAACUGCAUGGUGUUGUACGCAAGAAGGUUAGAUGUCACGUGGGGUUUCCCUCCAUACUGGGUUUGGAAUUGUUACAAAGAAACAAGUGAGGACAACGUCGAGGUAGUCAAGCUAUUGUCUGUAUGCUUUCUGAAUGUGAGGGGACAAUUCAAGAUGUCAGAGCUCUCAGCAGGAGUUGUUUAUGUGGGUGGCCCGAAGAAGUGCCAAGCAAGAACUCCAUGCAUAGUCUGCACCUGAACUUCAAUGCAUAUAUACAUAUGUGGAUUUACAUAUAUGUAUGCAUAUGCUGGCUUUCAUGAUGGUGUUCAAUAUAUGAAUUGCUAGCUCGAGUGUUUACUGUACCACUCAGGCUCAUGAGAUAUUGACCCUUUGGUAUAGGACUCCUGAAGUCCUUCUGGGAGCUACACAUUACUGUUGGCUGUAUAUUUGCUUUACUUGUAACAAAACAAGCACUCUUCUCUGGAGAUUCUGAACUGCAGCAGCUCCUACAUAUAUUCAGGUUGAUUAGGUGCUCCAAAUGAACAAGUGUGGCCAGGUAUAAACAACUCAUGAACUGGCAUGAAUACCCCCAGUGGAGCCCUCAAAGUUUGUCCAAGGAUGUCCCCAAUUUGGAUGAGAUGGGGUUGGAUCUUUUGUUGCAGCGAAUGUUGCAAAAUGAGCCUGCAAAACGCAUUUCAGCAAAGAAAGCUAUGUAACACCCUUACUUUUAUUUGUUUUCCUCCAGCAUUUUUGCACUUGUGUUAAAUCUUAUGAUCCGUAUUGCUUUUAGCCUAAAUUUAUAGUCGGUAGUACAGAUUUUCAGUUUAAAUGUCUAUUAAUUUGAGCUUUGAAUAUUACUUUUAGGAA